AUGUCUUCCGAUCCGGUUAUACUGGAUGUCCUCGCGUCCAUUUGCAAAGAUGCGUUGCAGAUGUUCGAGCGCAUCGUCAUUGUUUUCGAUGACAAGGAAGAGCGCCGGGCAAAUAUCUGCAUUUCGAAGCAUUUCAUCUAUUUUGUGAAUCGGGACCUCCAUCUGCACUUGUGGCGGGAGAUGAGCAAGCUGAUAGAAGGUCGAGAAAGAAUAUCCUACUUGGACAUCACCCGCGCAGUUGUCGACAGCUCCACGAAUCGCUACUUCUUGCUAGAGCUGCGACCGUCACAGGGAUCCAGCUGGAGUGGCACGAGGCCUCUCGACUCGUCGUCUCAUUGUGAGCUUCUUCUCCAGAAGAUUGCUCUUUGCUGGCAGGCGGAAGUGAUGUACCGCUUGUUCGACGUGAGGAAGUUUGAGAUGGUGAAAGCGGCUCUGGGCGAACAGCUAGCAGCUGUGAAGAACAUGAUGGCAAAGCAAAAUGACUUGAUCAAGAUUGAGCCGUUCCGGGGCUACGAAGACAGCUUCAGCUACCGUGGCUACAGCUUUUGGCUGCGGAAGGGCUUUGCAAGUGUGUCGGGCCUGAAAGACGGAGUUUUCCAGAACGACCAGGGCUGGGAGGUGACCUACAAGGCACAACCAGUCUCCGUGCCCCCUGGUGUCCGAGUCAUGGUUCAAGUCGACAAUGAACAGUUGAUCAUGGACCUCGAGAAGUCUCGUGAUG